AUGACAUAUGGACAGAAGACAGAAAUUCCGAACAUGAAGAGGGUGAUACGCGUCGGUUACACGGUGAAUGACAUCAAGUACACGUGGAUGUCAGGCUUGAAAUCGGUCGGAGUGUCCAACGAUGUCUCCCUACCCCAGUUCAAAGUCCUUGGGUAUAGGCAAAAGUCCAAGGAAGUCUCCCUCUCUUCAGGAACAUAUGCCAGGCUGGUGUGCGAGAUCCAGUUCGUUCGCUCGCUGGGUUUCUACCUCAUCCAGAUCUACAUACCAUCCGGUUUGAUAACCGUGAUAUCUUGGGUGUCGUUCUGGCUGCAUCGCAGUGCCUCACCUGCGCGGGUGGCCCUCGGCGUUACUACCGUCCUCACCAUGACUACCCUCAUGUCUUCGACCAAUGCUGCUCUCCCCAAAAUCUCUUAUGUCAAGUCCAUCGAUGUUUAUUUGGGCACGUGCUUUGUCAUGGUCUUCGCUGCGCUCCUGGGGAACUACUCGCGGCUGGCUUGCGAGAUCCAAUUCGUACGAAGCAUGGGCUACUAUUUGAUCCAGAUCUACAUCCCAAGCGGUCUCAUCGUUGUCAUUUCCUGGGUCUCCUUCUGGCUCAAUCGUAAUGCUUCGCCAGCAAGAGUGGUCUUGGGCAUUACCACGGUGCUCACAAUGACCACACUGAUGUCAUUCACUAAUGCUGCGCUUCCAAAAAUAUCCUAUGCCAAAUCCAUUGACGUGUACCUCGGUGCUUGCUUCGUUAUGGUCUUUGCCGCUCUCCUCGGGAACUACUCGCGGCUGGCUUGCGAGAUCCAAUUCGUACGAAGCAUGGGCUACUAUUUGAUCCAGAUCUACAUCCCAAGCGGUCUCAUCGUUGUCAUUUCCUGGGUCUCCUUCUGGCUCAAUCGUAAUGCUUCGCCAGCAAGAGUGGCCUUGGGCAUUACCACGGUGCUCACAAUGACCACACUGAUGUCAUCCACCAAUGCUGCGCUUCCAAAAAUAUCCUAUGCCAAAUCCAUUGACGUGUACCUCGGUGCUUGCUUCGUUAUGGUCUUUGCCGCCCUCGUCGAAUACGCGACGGUGGGGUACAUGGGGAAGAGGAUCCAGAUGAGGAAGACUCGGAUGCUGGCCAUGCAGAAGUUGGCGGAGCAAAAAAAGGCGAGCAUGGCACAUUGGAGCGAAGGUGCACCGAGCCAUGCUCCACCUCAUGGCACCCAUGGGUACCCAGUCAUGGACCCCGAAUGGACCCCCAAACAAGCCAGUGGCACCACUCGACGCAUGCAGGCAGAGGUGAGAUACAAGAUCAACGACCCGAAGAUGCACACGAAGGGCGGGACAUUGGAGAGCACCGUGAACGGAGGCCGAACGAGGGGAAUGAUGAUAGGAGGACCCCCCGGUCACCCCGGGGUGGUCAUGGGAGCACCACCGGGGACCAUGAGGAGAGGAACCCCCAGUUCCGGACUCGGGGGCGGAGGCCAGCUCCCCGAAGGGAUCGGGGAAGCCGUGGAGGGGGACCUGGAGGCCCCCGCGUCCUUCACUCCUCAUUCCAUCCUAGGAACGGCUCAUCACGGGAAAGACCUCAACCGGUUGUGCGGUCUCACCCCGAGUGACAUCGACAAAUAUUCCAGGGUCGUUUUCCCGGUCUGCUUCAUCUGCUUCAAUCUCAUGUACUGGAUCAUUUACUUGCACAUCAGUGACGAGAUCGCCGAUGAUUUGAUCCUCAUCGAACACGUCUGAGAACCGAGAGUAGGCUCCUUGCUCCUCUCUUUCAAGUGCCAACUAAGGAAGACGAUGCUACUUUCGAGAUGAAGGUGAACCUCGCUCAACGACCAUUCCCUUCUAGAUGAGAACCCCCAACUGCUGACGUAAACAAAA